AUGCCCUUCUCCCAACAAAGUCUUUGGCGAUUUGUUGUCAUUCGCAGUAAUACAUACCAGGCUUGUCAUAGGGAUUACGGCGCGGGUUGCAGUAUGGUCUGGCUAACUACUGCAUACAUUAAUCAGUGCAGUAGGGAUGAUAUGUUAGCUUUUAUCUUGUGCCAUGAAAUAUCUCAUGGCAUUUGCGCUCACGGAAAGGAGAAGACCAAACUCAGACUCUCUAAAGCUCCUGCUCAAGAGCAGGAGGAGCUGUCGUGGAAGCUCGAGUACGAGGCAGACGAAGUUGGAAUGCGACUAUGUGCAAGAGCGGGAUAUAAUCCAUAUGCUGCGCUAUUAUUCUUCAAAUUGCGUUUACAUCACAAGAAGACAUCGCUCCCAAUCGGGCAAAACCCUCAUCCAUCUCCUGCUCAACCGGUCGCCAAAUUACAAAGUGGGGUUCAAGAAGCAAUAAAGGAAUAUGAAGAAUCAAACAAACAAAAUACCUCGAUAGCAGACUGGCAGAAGACGAAAUGGGAAAGCUAUUGGAAUCCUUUUCAUAACUAUGACCUGCCGUAG